AUAAAUUUGAGCAUGAAGAAAAAUAAACCGAACUAAACAAACACACUCACGCAGCCACCAGCAAGAAAGACUGAGGCAAAGAAAGCAAAAAUCGUUUUAAACAAAAUCAAGAGUGUUUCAUUCGACACGAGUAGCGCACGGGUCAACAAGAGUUUUUCGAAUUAUCAGUGCUGGUUGUGUUUAACGGGCUGUGGCCAAAAAAAAAAAAAAAACGAUAAAAACAUCAACAAAAAUUAAGAGGAAAAAAAAAAAAUAAAACAGGAAAAAGCCGAUUCUUUAUUUAAUACAAAAAAUUUAAAUUUUUAAGAUUUUUUCAUUUGGCUUCGUCAAAAUAACAAAUCAGGGUUAUUAUUAUCGAAUAAUGUUUUGUUUGUUUUUAAUUGGAUUUUUUCCUUCGCCCGGUUCACUCGUGUCUUACUUACUCUCCGUCAUAAAUGCAAACCUGAUUAUUAUUCGUUUUUUUGUUGUUGCUUUGUAUCGUUUGAUGAGCAGUCGUCAGUCACUUAGCGGCGGUUUAAUGUCUCUUUUGUAAUCGCACAUUACUGAUGUUGUUGCCGCUGUCGUUGUCGUCAUUGUAGUCUUCGUUGCUGCUGUCGUCGUCGCCGUUGCUGGUGCUGUAAUUGAAAAAUAGAUGUUGUCGUUGUUAUUGCUGCGCUUGUGGUCGAUUUUGGCAGAUUACAGAUGCAAGUGAAGAAGAAAAGGCUAAAUAAUUACAAAAAAUUGUCAAUGCCGUAAUUGUCAAACUGGAAAGCGGUUUUAUUUCGGUGUCAGACAACAAACUCAGCUGCUUCUGUAGCCGCGGCAGCACUCAACAAGUCGGAAAAUUUUUUUUCGCAUAAAAAUUUUACAAUUUUCACUUACAUUGCUCACAAAUGCCCCGCAAGUUCGAAUGGUGAAUUGUGUGUUGAAACAGAAAUUUUGAAAUAUUCAAGAGCAAAGAAUACUCUUACAACCUCAAAAAGACAUUCGUACGGAUUACAAAGUGAAACCUAGAAGUAAAACAACAUUAGCUAAUAUAUCAGACACCUCUGCCCAAAUACUAGGCCAGAGUUAGAAAACGUUUUAGGAAAUUUUGAAUUGCAAGCCAAAAGCUUUAGGAUUAAAUGUGACACCGGCAUUGUUCGGCCUUCGUCACAACGACGUAGUUUGGUAACUAUCACAACAUUACCACGAACCUGAGAAGAAAAAAACAACAAACAAAAACCAAAAAAUCCCGUCGACCCGACCCCGCUGCAAUAAGCCUCAUCAUCACCAUCACCUCGUUGCACACCUGAGACCGAUUUAGCCAUGGCGCAAUUUUCCACACAUUUGCCAGUUCUUCUUCUGUUGUUCGCCGUCUUCAAUCCGAUAGUAUGUCCAAGUAGUAGAAUUAACUCAGAUAGACGUGAUCGAGCACCCAGUAUUGACACAAGUGAUUUGGGGCAACAGUAUUUAGGUGAUACGCUUGGACGUGCGGCAAGUCGAACGAGAUUAUCUCAGUUUCACAUACCAUCAUCAUUAGCAUCGACGUCAAUUCAUUUACAGAACAUCCAUCAGACCGAAGAAAUAGAUAGGAAAAAUGGACGCGUUGUUCACACACAGAUUUCCGUGCCCCCGACAGUACCAUAUACAUCAAGUCAUUCGCAAAAAAACCCUCAAGACGACGACAUCAAUAAGAAAAUUGAUCGCAUUUUUGAUACAGAUUUUGGGCCAGGAUUGCAUUUGUUUAAUAAUACCGAACCCAAAGCGCCGACUUUGCACUCGUACGAUAAUGACUAUACGCACUUUGACCAGCCCACCUCAGUAUCGUCUACGACAGAAGCAAAUUUUUUCAAAGUCCAAAGAAGUCCGACGGGAAAGUUGGACGUGGUAUACAGAAAGGAUUUUGUACCCUUAAAGAGUGAUAACUCUAGUCAUGACAAUGGCGAUGGUCAGAGAACAGGCGAAUCUUCGAAGGGUCCUACAAAAGAGAAUGAAUCCUUGGGAAAUCCCAACAACAAACAAUCUCCCACCUUCUUCCCCACCGAAGAACCUGGAAAGGAUGACGCUAAUUUCACAGUCAACUCAGAUGAUUGCGUCGAGAAGGAUGGUGAACACGGCGAAAAGUCGUUCUGUACCAAUUUACGCAACUAUCCGGAACGGACCUAUUUGGAAAAAGUUAUUAAGAAGAAAUUUUCAAAUUUGGAAAUAUUCUUUGGUGAAGACCUUGUUAUUCCACAAAACAUCAGCCAGCGCAUGAACAGCGAACCACAUGAGGAAUACUUAUGUAAGACUCGCACCAGAGUUAUCUAUCCGCAGGCAGGUCUUAACAAAGACUACAACUGGCUAAUAAUUGUGAAUAUACCCAAUUACAAGCAAGGCAUUCGUAUCGAGGAAUGCAUUAACGAAGGUUCCACUUGUGGUGAAAGCAACGGGCUACAGGUACCCAACCGGUAUACAGCCACCUGCAAGCAAAGCUAUAUCUAUCGAUCUCUGGUGGCCUUUACAAAUGAAACCGUCAUCCGCGAUCAAUUCAAGAUGCCAUCAUGUUGCAAAUGUGUUCUAAGAUCCGGCUGAGAUCAUCAGCGCAAGUGCAAACAUCAUCAAUUAUCGGCACAACCACUGUACUCUGGAGCUGAAAUUGUAUCGAUUUAAUUUUUAUUCUACUCAAAUGUGAUUUUAGAUACCCAAACACUCACAGGAUGGAUGGCAGGCCAAACUAUCCAUUUCUUUAGAAUUAGGUAAAGUUAUAAACAUAAACACACUUUCAUACAUUGUCAUUUAUACCACGAGCAAUAAACACACCGACACAUACCUUAGGUUUAAUUAUUUUUAAUUAAAACUCUAGCAUAUAAGACCUUGUAGGAAAUCGUUUGCGAAAGAAAUAUGAGAGUAACCAUCGAAGAACUAACGAAAAUAUUACAUAAAAAUGUUUCAAACGAAUAAAAUUCAAUAUAUGGUGUCAUA